AUCGCAAACCUCCCAACACCAUCACAACCUCUCGAUCGCUCUUGGUCUUGUCCUGCCCAUUUCAAGCUUCAAUCACACAUCUGCUAUCCUGUCCAAAUCAAUCCACACAAUGCCUCCCAAGAAGACCACCACCCCUUCCAAGGCAAAGGCCCCCUCUGCCGCCCCUGCACAUGGCUCCUACAUCGACAUGGUAAAGGAUGCCAUCAUCAACCUUAAGGAACGUAAUGGAUCAAGCCGUCAAGCCAUUCAAAAGUACAUUCAAGCCAACAACAAGCUCGGCAACCUGAGCGAUGCUGCUUUCAGGGGCCACGUCAACCGCGCCAUUUCCUCUGGUGAGGAGAAGGGUGACUUUGCGCGUCCCAAGGGCCCAUCUGGACCAGUAAAGCUUGCUAAGAAGGAGGCCAAGCCUGCUGCUGCUGCCAAGAAGUCUGAGUCUAAGACUGAGAAGAAGGUCACUGAGAAGAAGACCGAGAAGAAGACUGCCGAAAAGAAGAAGGCCCCUGCCACCAAGAAGGCUGCCAAGGACUCCCCCAAGGAUGAGACCAAGGAGGAGAGCGCUACCGAGACUGAGACCACUACCAAGGCUGCCCCCAAGAAGAAGGCUGCAACUGCUCGCCCAAAGAAGGCUGCCGCCACUACCACCAAGGCUGCUGCUCCUGCUGCCGCCAAACCCAAGGCCAAUGCCAGCAAGCCCCGCAAGACUGCUGCCGCCAAGCCCGCUGUCGAAGAGGAAGUAUCACGCGUUCUCGGCAAGACCAAGUCUGGUCGUGUCACCAAGAGCAAGGCCCCCGCUGCUGAGCCAAAGGCUAAGGCAGCAAAGAAGACCGCCGCACCCAAGAAGAAGGCGACUGAAGAGAAGAAGGAGCCUGCCGCAAAGAAAGCUGCUGCGCCUAAGAAGGCCACCACCCCCAAGAAGAAGACCACACCCAAGAAGGCCACACCAAAGGCUGCCAAGGCAUGAGGUUGAUUCUUGUCUUUGUUGAUGUUGUUUUUCUUUUGAACUGCUUCAGUCAUCUGGCAUAGAAGCAUAUGCUAGACUACACCUUCUUCACGGAUUCCCUUUUGUCUUGCAAUCAGUCUCUGGGUUCUAUGGGCGGUCAACAGCGUUAGUACCGGUGGAUAUGGAUGGGAAAUGGGCUGGGAUGUUCCUUUUUUCUCGCGCUCUUCUUAUGUCGAGUAUGUUGGCGGGGCGUUUCAGGCGCGUUUGUCUCAGUCUCAGCGCUUCAUGUCUGUGUUUUUACCACAUCUGUCUUUUUGUUUUCCUUUUUUUCUCACACUCUCACCAGCGCCGCGCUUCUUAUGGCGCGUACAUAUUGAGAGGAUAAUCGCUACGACGUAACGCUCAUCGUCUCAAAGCAAUGAAAAAAACCAUUACACACUUCAAACAUUACGCUGGUCUCUUGUAUGUGAAGCAAGUAUGUAGAUAGUGAC